GGGGGGGGGAGGGGGGGGGGUGGGGGGGGGGGAGGGGGGGAGGGGGGGGGGGGGGGGGAGGGGGGGGGGGGGGGGGGACAGGGGGGGGGGGGGGGGGGGGGGGGGGGGGGGGGGGGGGGGGGGGGGGGGGGGGGGGGGGGGGGGGGGGGGGGGGGGGGGGGGGGGGGGGGGGGGGGGGGGGGGGGGGGGGGGGGGGGGGGGGGGGGGGGGGGGGGGGGGGGGGGGGGGGGGGGGGGGGGGGGGGGGGGGGGGGGGGGGGGGGGGGGGGGGGGGGGGGGGGGGGGGGGGGGGGGGGGGGGGGGGGGGGGGGGGGGGGGGGGGGGGGGGGGGGGGGGGGGGGGGGGGGGGGGGGGGGGGGGGGGGGGGGGGGGGGGGGGGGGGGGGGGGGGGGGGGGGGGGGGGGGGGGGGGGGGGGGGGGGGGGGGGGGGGGGGGGGGGGGGGGGGGGGGGGUGGGGGGGGGGGGCAGGGCGGGGGAGGAGAGGGGGGGGGGGGGGUGGUGUGGGCGGGCGGGGGGGGGGGGGGGGGCUGGGGGUGGGGGGGAGGGUGGGGGCGGGGGUGGGGGGGGAAUGGAUUUCAGGCAGCAAAAGGUGGAAGCUCACCAGCUGUUUGAGGUGGCGUCGGUAGAGCAUCAUCCAUGCCUCGCAGGCAUAGCGGAGUGCGGGGACUACAACUUCGUGAAGGAUUGUAGACCUUGGUUCCGAGUCAGACUUCACGCUCCCGCUCCAGAGCCCGUGGCUGAGCAUUCCAAUGCCAUGCUGACCUCUCUGCCACAAGAUGAGUGA